AUGCCAAUGCGGCCCACCAGCGAUAAAGAGGUUGACGUGGUCGAUCUAGACCGUCUCUUCGAAGAGUAUGUUCAAACAGACUUGCUCAAUCACUUCGGCGACUGCAACCCCAAACAAUCAAGCUCGGGUGAACCAAAGCAUCUUUUUGACUCAGUUCUGUCGAAUGAGAGCCAGCUUUUUGGCUCUGAGCCUAUACUUGAUCGGGAAACGCAGGCUGCUUGGCACAAGGCUCUCGAAAAGUACGAACAAAACCCAACCCCGUUGCGAGCUGAGGACUCUAUCUCAUCUUCUUACGUUACUUCGUCUACUGGUAAUGAGUCUUUCAGCGAUUCUGAGUUGCUAAACCUUGACGACUUCUUUGAACUAGAAAGGAAGCAAUCGAGGUCCAUCUCUCAGCCUCCUACAACUCGACCCCACACUUCCGGACGAUCUGUUAAAAAGGCUGUAUCGAUCUACAAUCAACUGAGGCACCGUGAUGAUGCAAUCCUCUCAACACCAACCUUCAGCUGGCAAUACGUGGACCCGCAAGACGGACAGUCCAACGAAUUCAUUCACAAGAGCCUCAUCGCAUGGCAUUGCUUCGCCCCCGCUAUCAACCAAGGCCAAAAGCAAUGA